CUACAACCAUUCAAAGGUUCACUGUCCUGCACGCCUAGAGCCGUGCUCUACCACUUUCUCCACCUAUUUUUAAGACUGUUUACUACUAGUUUGGUCUUGCAAAGCUUUUCUUCUCUUGUGUGUUAGAGACACAGUCCCAUCCUCCAGCAAAAAUGGAAGCCAUCAAGAAAAAGAUGCAGAUGCUGAAGCUAGAUAAGGAGAAUGCAAUUGAUAGAGCUGAACAGGCUGAAGCAGACAAGAAAGCAGCUGAGGACAAGUGCAAACAGGUAGAGGAUGAGCUGGUGGCACUGCAGAAGAAGUUAAAAGGAACUGAAGAUGAACUGGAUAAAUACUCAGAAGCUCUCAAAGAUGCUCAGGAAAAACUGGAACAGACUGAAAAGAAGGCAACAGAUGCAGAAGGUGAAGUGGCAGCUUUGAAUCGGCGUAUCCAGCUGGUGGAAGAGGAGCUGGAUCGUGCCCAAGAACGUCUGGCGACAGCCCUGCAGAAACUGGAGGAGGCAGAGAAGGCAGCAGAUGAAAGCGAGAGAGGUAUGAAGGUUAUUGAAAACAGAGCAAUGAAGGAUGAAGAAAAAAUGGAAAUUCAGGAGAUGCAGCUGAAAGAGGCUAAGCAUAUUGCUGAGGAGGCUGACCGUAAAUAUGAAGAGGUUGCUCGUAAACUGGUCAUUUUGGAGGGUGAACUAGAGAGAGCCGAGGAACGUGCUGAGGUGUCAGAACUAAAAUGCAGUGACCUUGAAGAAGAACUAAAAAAUGUCACUAACAACCUAAAGUCCCUGGAGGCUCAGUCUGAGAAGUACUCUGAAAAAGAGGAUAAAUAUGAAGAAGAAAUCAAGCUUCUCUCUGACAAACUCAAGGAGGCUGAAACACGUGCUGAGUUUGCAGAAAGAACGGUUGCUAAACUGGAAAAGACUAUUGAUGAUCUGGAAGAUGAGCUGUAUGCUCAGAAGCUGAAGUACAAAGCUAUCAGUGAAGAGCUUGACCAUGCUCUCAAUGAUAUGACCUCUUUGUAAAUGAAUUUUCUCUUUUGGCUUUGCCUUGGUGCACUAAGAUUCUGUCUUUAGUGCCAGUCUCUGAGUAAUGCCUAGUACUAGUCCUUCAGUCUUUUUCUGUAAAAACUGAAUUAAACAAAAGCAAGCUACCUUGAACUUGUACAUUCUGUGCUUUUUUUCUUUUCCAUGAUUAAUGACAUAACUAAUGUCCUUCCUUUAAUUUGUUCUGGUCAGAUUUUAGCACAGCCCUGUAAUUCUCACUAGGAUACUGUUAAGAGAAUUAGUUUCAUUGUACUCGGAUUGCUUCUUUAAAAACCAAAAACCUAUCCAGUUGUUAGUUAAAAUGUAAGUGAUGGGUCACAUAACAAAAUUGGAAGAAAGUUCAAAUAAAGUGGCAGGUAGGACAAAAUAAAAAAUGAAUAUAAAUCCCACUUAUAGCACUCCUAUUACUUCAGUGGUUAUUUAUUUCCUGGACAGCAGUGACUAUAAUGAGCAUACAAACAGGAACUGUGCAAAGACUCAACUUGAGGCAGCAAAAGCAGAUCCACAGAUACACUUGCUAUGCUGCUGAUGCCCCUUUGUGCGCUGCAUCAAAAUAAUACUACCCACAAAUGGGAUGUAAACUGAUGAAUGCUGUCAUAACUAGUAUCUCAAAUCAACUACUCCUUGAACAGAAGGAUUUUAGCUAGUUUGUUCCUGUCCAAGCAGAUUUGAAUUUGAGUGCAAUUUUGAGAGACACUGAAUCAAAGACUUAAUUACAAUCGAAUAUGACACCCAUUGUCUGAUAUUCAUUUAAUAGUGUCCAGUCAUUUAUAGAUAUUUCUAUUGAUAUUUGCAUGUUGAUUAAGGACAAUGUUAUGUGGAUUGUAAACUGUCUGGUGGAUCCCUAAAUAGUUAUUAUAAAUGACAAAGUGUCCUGUGAAAAACUACAGGAAUCUGUUCAGUCUGAUCUUAUUCAAGAGGAAGUAACAUCAUUGCAUUCACAGGAGUUGCACACACCAGUGAAAAGGGAGAAGUAAUCCAAAGGAACUUAAAGAAAUGCCUGUUAACAGCAAGCUAAUGCCUCUGAUCAGAAAAUAUCCAAAUACUUUUCAGUUUUCAGCUGUAUGCGUAUGACACCAUGGGACAUAGGUAAUAAUCCUUCUGCAUACAACACUUUAGUAACCACACCUGGAAUAUUUUGUUUCAUUCUGCACACUUCAUUAAACUGACAAAUGGGAAGGACCUCAGCAAGGAAGCUCAGAAAAGAGAACUAGAAUGGCCAGGAGGCUGAAAAGUGACCUAUAACGAAGCUGAACCAUGCAUAUUUAGAGCUCUUAAUCUAAAUGACGACAAUGGCCAUAGUAGAAGAUGGAGAUAAAUCUACAGAGACUGGGUGAGUGUGAAAACAGGGGAUGAAGAACUAUUUAGCAUACCAAAAAGGGAUGAAAUUGAGAAGGGUUUUAUCUUGAGUAAGGAAAUGUGAAAUCUAGUAACUCUAAAUUUUCAGUAUAUUAGAACACCCUAGUUAAGACUUUAAAUGUGUAUAUCUUGGAUUUCUGUUUCAAGAAAAGAAACAAACAUUCAUCACAUAUGUAUGACCUUGAAUCUGACUCUGCAAGUUUGGCCAAAUGCAUACUUCCUAUUUUAGAUUUGAAGCUUAAAAAAAAAAAAAAAACCAACCAAA